UCUCGGCGGCGAUCAGGAGGUGGUUGCCUCCCGCGGCGGGGAGGGGUCCGGGGUUCGAGCCACAGUCCCCGGGACCAGGGUUGAGUGUGGAGGAGGGCAUGGAAAGGGUGCCCCCCAGAGGUCGUCAGGAAGGAUGCGGCCGGCGAGAGGCGCCGGACUGGCAGCGCUUGGCCGGAGAUGAAUAACAGCACCCGCUGCCUCGGGACUGGUCGAUGCCUGCCAAGCCAGCUGUCAAGAGCAUGCCUCUGUGCCACUGGAUGGCCACUGCCAGGGGCAGCACGCCUGAUGAGGACCGAGCUCGGCUCAUGACCACCAGAGGAGGCCUAAAGGUGCUCCUGCACUGGGCUGGCCCUGACGGCGGAGAGCCCUGGGUUACCUUCAGUGAGGCCACACUGACUGCGGAGGAGGUCUGCAUUCACAUCGCACGCAAAGUCGGCAUCACUCCACCCUGCCUCAAUCUCUUUGCCCUCUUCGAUGCCCAGGCCCAGGUCUGGCUGCCCCCAAACCACAUCUUGGAGGUCUCCAGAGACACAAGCCUGACGCUGCACUUCCGCAUGAGGUUUUAUUUCCGGAACUGGCACGGCACAAAUCCUCAGGAGCCAGCUGUGUACCGCUGUGGACCCCCAGGGGCCAAGGCUUCAUCAGAUCAGGCAGAGCAGGGCAUGCAACUCCUGGACCCAGCCUCCUUUGAGUACCUCUUUGAGCAGGGCAAGCAUGAGUUUGUGAAUGAUGUAGCAUCACUGUGGGAGCUGUCGAGUGAGGAGGAGAUCCACCACUUUAAGAAUGAGAGCCUGGGCAUGGCGUUUCUGCACCUCUGCCACCUCGCUCUCCGCCUUGGUAUUCCCCUGGAAAAGGUGGCCAAGAAGAUCAGCUUCAAGGACUGCAUCCCACGCUCCUUCCGGCAGCAAAUCCAGCAACACAACGCCUUCACACGGCUGCGCCUGUGGAUCAUCUUCCACAGGUUCCUGCGGGCCUUCCAGCCACGGCACCUCUCCCAGCAGGUCAUCAUGGUCAAGUACCUGGCCACACUUGAGCGGCUGGCACCCCGCUUCGGCACAGAGCGUGUGUCUGUGUGCCACCUAGAGCUGCUGGCCCAGGCUGAGGGAGAGCCCUGCUAUAUCCGGGACAGCAGGCAGGCCCCUCUGGACCCCGGGCCCGAGUCUGCUGUAGGACCCCCGACUCAUGAGGUGCUGGUGACCGGUACUGGUGGCAUCCAGUGGCGGCCAGUACAGGCAGAGGGUCCCAGUGGUGGUGACGGUGGCAGGAGCAGGAAUGCCCAUGCUGGCUCCUCUAGGAAGAAAGCAAAGGCCCAAGAAUUGGGCAACCAACCCAUGGACAGGCGAUGCGAGGUGCCAUGGGCCUACUUCUGUGACUUCCAGGACAUCAGCCAUGUCGUGCUGAGGGAACGCCAUGUCAGCAUCCACUGUCAAGACAACAAGUGCCUGGAGCUGACCCUGCCUUCCCGGGCCGGGGCCCUGUCCUUGGUGUCACUGGUAGAUGGCUAUUUCCGCCUGACAGCCGACUCGAGUCACUACCUAUGCCACGAAGUGGCUCCUCCACGGCUUGUGAUGAGUAUCCAGGAUGGUGUUCACGGACCCCUGUUGGAUCCAUUUGUGCUGGCUAAGCUGCGGCCGGAGGACGGUCUCUAUCUCAUCCACUGGAGCACCAGCCACUUUAAUCGCCUCAUCCUCACGGUGGCCCAGAGGGACCAGGACCCUGGCACGCAGGGCUUGCGCCUGCGGAAGUUCCCCAUUGAGCUGCAUACGGGGACCUUCACACUGGAGAGCUGGGACCGGUCCUUCCCCAGCGUGCGGGAGCUUCGGGCUGCCCUACAGGGCUGCUCGCUACGGGCCGGUGAUGACUGCUUCUUCCUGCGCCACUGUUGCCUGCCGCAGCCAGGAGAGAUCUCCAAUCUCAUCAUCACGCGGGGGCCUCAGGCCAGCAGCACCAGGCCGCUCAACCUCAGCCAGCUCAGCUUCCACCGGGUCUGCCAGGAUGACAUCACCCAGCUGUCCCACUUGGGCCAGGGCACGAGGACCAACGUGUAUGAGGGCCGCUUGCAAGUAGGGGGCAGAGGCUCUGUGGAGGAUAAGGCAGAUGCGGGGGACACGCCCACGCUCGGUGCGGGCCGUGGGCAGGAGCUCCGCGUGGUGCUGAAGGUGCUGGACCCCAGUCACCAUGACAUCGCCCUGGCCUUCUAUGAGACAGCCAGCCUCAUGAGCCAGGUGUCCCACGUGCACCUGGCCUUCGUCCAUGGCGUCUGUGUUCACGGCUCCAAGAACAUCAUGGUGACCGAGUACGUGGAGCAUGGACCUCUAGACGUGUGGCUGCGGCGGGAGAGGGGCUGCGUUCCUGUGGCCUGGAAGGUGGCAGUAGCCCAGCAGCUGGCCAGUGCCCUUAGCUAUCUGGAAGACAAGAGACUGGCUCAUGGUAACGUGUGUGGCCGGAACAUCCUGCUGGCACGUCUGGGGUUGGCAGAGGGCACCAGCCCAUUCAUCAAGCUGAGUGACCCCGGCGUGGGCCUGGGUGCCCUCUCCAGGGAGGAGCGAGCAGAGCGGAUCCCCUGGAUGGCCCCUGAGUGCCUCGUCGGCGGGGCCAACAGCCUGACCACCGCGGCUGACAAGUGGGGCUUUGGUGCCACCCUCCUGGAGAUCUGCUUCAACGGGGAAGCUCCUCUGCAGUGCCGCAGCCCCUCUGAGAAAGAGCACUUCUACGAGAAGCAGCACCAGCUGCCUGAACCCUCGUGCCCGGAGCUGGCCAUGCUUACCAGCCAGUGCCUGACCUAUGAGCCAGCCCAGCGGCCAUCCUUCCGCACCAUCCUGCGUGACCUCACUCGGCUGCAACCCCAAAAUCUUGUUGACAUCUUGGCUGUGAACCCCGACUUGCAGGCGGCAGACCCCACUGUUUUCCACAAGCGCUAUUUGAAAAAGAUUCGGGAUCUGGGCGAGGGUCACUUCGGCAAGGUUAGCUUAUACUGUUACGACCCGACCAACGACGGCACCGGCGAGAUGGUGGCAGUGAAGGCCCUCAAGGCGGACUGCGGCUCUCAGCUCCGCACCGGCUGGAGGCGGGAGAUCGAUAUCCUGCGCACGCUCUACCACGAGCACAUCGUCCAGUACAAAGGCUGCUGCGAGGACCAAGGCGAAAAAUCGGUACAGCUCGUCAUGGAGUACGUACCCCUGGGUAGCCUCCGAGACUACCUGCCCCGGCACAGCGUUGGGCUGGCUCAGCUGCUGCUGUUCGCCCAGCAGAUCUGCGAGGGCAUGGCCUACCUGCACACGCAGCAUUACGUCCAUCGAGACCUGGCUGCGCGCAACGUGCUGCUGGACAACGACAGGCUGGUCAAGAUUGGGGACUUUGGCUUAGCCAAGGCUGUGCCCGAAGGCCACGAGUACUACUGCGUGCGCGAGGAUGGGGACAGCCCCGUGUUCUGGUAUGCCCCAGAGUGCCUGAAGGAGUGUAAGUUCUACUAUGCAUCUGACGUCUGGUCCUUUGGUGUCACCAUGUAUGAACUGCUGACCUAUUGUGACUCCAGCCAAAGCCCCCCCUCGAAAUUCAUCGAGCUUAUAGGCCUCACCCAGGGGCAGAUGGCAGUACUGAGGCUCACAGAGCUGCUGGAACAAGGGGAGAGGCUGCCUCGGCCAGAGAAAUGUCCCUGUGAGAUCUAUCUCCUUAUGAAGAACUGCUGGAAGGCAGAGGCCUCAAUCCGCCCAACUUUCCAGAACCUCAUACCUAUCCUGAAAACAUUGCACGAGAAAUACCAGGGCCAGGCCCCCUCUGUGUUCAGUGUCUGCUGAAGCCCACCCAUGGCUCUGAUUCAGGGGAUCAGAGGAGGCAGUACCCACAGAUAGGGCUUCCCACUCUUACCCCAAUAGGGGGAAGUUGGUCUCACCCACUCCCUGCGCCUUACUCCUGCCCUGAGAUCCCACCUUUGUGACCUGACUUUCCCUGUCUAUCCAUUCGGGCUGCUAUAACAGAGUACCACUGACUGGGUGACUUAUAAACAACAGAAAUUGAUUUCUCACAGCUCUGGAGGCUGUGAAGUCCAAGAUCAAGGUGCCAGCAUGGUCAUAUUUGGGUGAAGGCCCUCUUCCUGGUUCAUAGCCUAGGCCUUCUCACUGUGUUCUCACAAGCAGGAGGGUAGUGAGGGGGUCUUUCUGGGGCUUCUUUUAUAGGGGCACUAAUCCCAUUCAUGAGGGACCUAAGUACCUCCCAAAGGCCCACCUCCUAAUACCAUCACAUCAACUGCCAGUUUCACCCUUUCCUCCCUGUUUGACCUCAGGCAAGUGACUUUCCCUUUCUGGGCCUCAGUUCUCAGCUAUGAGCCGGGGGUAGUCAUGCUUGCUACUUGGAGGACUAAUGUAAAGAGUUUUGACAUUGUGUAUGUCACAUGCUUAGCAGAGAGACUUGCAAACAAGCGCUUAAUAAACAUUUGAUACUGUU